GUUUUGUAACGUCACAUCCGGGCCCUUCUUCCGGCGUCACACAAACAUUAGCUUCGCAGCAGCAUUAAGCUAGCUAUCCGAUCUGUGCGAAAAACGGCCGCGGUCCGCCAGCAUCGAUGAGCCGCAGAAGGAACCGCACUUCGGCCGAAACCGGGCUGUCACCCGAACUCCGCGGCCCGUUCAUAGACUUCUCUGGUUCUACGAGUCACGGUGACGAUGAUUUCCUGGAGCUGGAGCCCGACGAAGAGCUGCUGUGUUCGGUCAGCGAAAUCGCCGAGCACCUGGGCAGAAACAUCACCGUGGUUCUGGAGACGGCGCUGUCAGAGAUCCGCAAGAUGGUCAGCAUCCGAAUACGGGUCCUGAAAAUGGAGCUGCGCGAGAAAACCCUGGAAGUGGACGAUUUAAAGGCCAGGCUCGACGCCGUCCAGAGGGACUCUAAAGACGCCCUCUCCGGCUUGACUGCCGCGGAGCUGACCGCGGAGGCCGGCUUCAGGAAACACGACCUCGGCGCCUCGUCCAAGCACAACAACAGCGACCCCCGGAGGGUCAAAGCCCCCGUCCCCGGGGUCAAGAAGGAGAACAUCGAUGCGAUUUGUGAUUACCUAAUGAAGGACAAAAACUCGAGGGGCUGUACGGACACGGAAGACCAGCUCAGCCACGCGGACAAGGCGGCUCCCCCGGAGCCAGAGCCGCACCCGCUCCACCUGUGGCCGGACAGCGGCAUGGGCAGCUCCGGCCCCGCGCAGGGAGACGCGGAGGCCGCUGCGGAGGACAUCUUCAGCAUGCUGCCCUCGGGCUCCGGCAGCAAGAGGAUGUACGAGUACGAGUGGAUGGCGCCCAUGGACUACUCCUCCGAUCUGAAAGUGCUGAAAGAACCUGCCAAGGAAAACGUUCAGCACAGUGACGUGGAGGAUGACGAGAACGACGAUGAGCUGUCCGGCGCUGGAGGCGGCGGACCGGAGCAGAUCCAGGCCUCCGUCUCCCACGUCCAGCCUGCAGAGUUUUCCAUGGCGUCCCAGAGCUCUCCCGGACAUACAGGGAGUCCUUUAGAGGGGACCGCAGAGCCGCCUGACUCAGGUCAGGAGUUUACAGGACACCCCUACAUCUGCUCUCUGUGUGGAACCUUCUGCCCCGACUCCCUGUACCUGGAGGAACACAUCCGACUGAUACACGCCGACGAUUCGGCCAUAAAGGAGCAGCAGUCCACCUCCAACGCUGUGGGAAACGGUAGCCUGGGCGACAACAACGGCAGUCCCUCAGGGGCGGGCCAAGGAGGCGGACCCAUGAAAAAGGAGAUCAAGAUUGAAGGCGGGUACGAAUGCGGCGACUGCGGUCGUCAUUUUAACUAUCUGGGCAACCUGCGGCAGCAUCAGCGCAUCCACACAGGGGAGAAACCCUUCAUGUGUCCGGAGUGUGGGGAGAGAUUUCGCCACGCCGCCCGCCUAAAAAGCCACAGGUUGGUGCACAGUGGCGCCCAAAGCCCCUUCCCGUGUCCACAGUGCGGCAAAGGUUUUUCGGUUCUGUCCGGACUCAAGAGACACCAGAGGGUGCACACGGGUGAGAGCCCAUACGCCUGCCCCCAGUGCGGCCGGCGCUUUAAAGAGCUGGGGAACCUCUACACCCACCAAAGGAUCCACAGCGGCGCCACGCCCUACUACUGCCAGCAGUGUGGGCGGAGCUUCCGCCACCUAGGUACUUACAAAAGCCACCGCUGCAUCCCAGCACAGUCAUAAGUCUGUUCAUCCUCACGGGCCAAGAUGCUGCUCUCGGACUGUCGGGGCAGUGGGAGGCGCGGGUCAUGUGGAGAAUGGGUGCGGAUGUGCCGCUGAAACAUCAGACUGAACGCCCUCCUCCAGCUCCUGUACUUUCAAAAAUAAACGCCAUCUCAAAAACUGCUCAGAUUUCUAGAGGUUUGCUAAAGUGAACGGAACACGUGGUUCUGGUGGGAGGUCGGGACAUAUGGUAGACUUUUUUUUCCGAGCUUCUGUUCUGGCGUGUAGCAACAUAACCAAGUUUCCCGGUGACCUCCAUGAGUGUCAUAGUAUGAAAGGGGAAUACCCAGCAGUCAAUUUUCCCUUGAGAGGAGCGACUAAAUGGAAAGUGAGAUACAUGUUACAUGUGAGGCAGAUGAGGUCAGACACCCAAACUACUGCUGAGUGUCAAUGCAAAAUGUAAUUUCUCUUGAAGGCAGAUUACCUCCAAAACAGUGUUACUUAUGUCUGAUGACGAGUGUUUCCUCAUGGAAGUCAUCAAGGACCUCAUUGUUUCUGUCUACAAUCUGCAAAGCAUCUAAGUUACUUUUUAAGGGUUCAUUCACACCAGCUGGGUUGAUCAAGUCCAAUUUUCCUUGAAUAAUACAACUAUUUUUUAAAUUUUGCAAGUAAGAAAGCUCCCCGGAACUCUAAUGAAGACCAAACAGGUGAACCCAGAUUUGCAAAUAAACUGUGGUGCAGUUUACUUUUGUGUGAAAGCUUCAAAUACGAUACAGACCACACUGGGAAUGCUUUUAGUGUACGGUGUUCCCACUGGACUGUCGCUACCUAAUACUAGCACAUGUCCUCAUAGUUGGAAGAGGCUUGGUGCAAAAUAUCAGUGGUCCAAAUCUGUCCAAAUCUUGCUUCAGGCUUUUUCUUUCACAGCUCUAUUCUGAUAUAUGAAACAUUUUGUGUCAUAGAAUUUCAACAAUUCUUAAAUUCUCCUCUAUGAUCAAUUUUCAAACAGUUAGCACUUCCGUGAACUAGAAAUGGACGGCAUCCAUACGUCACUACCAAAUCCAAUUCCCUGAUUGGUCAAAGUUCAGCUAUCAGCACGUGUUCAGAUGUCAAACAUUGACAGUAUAUAUAUAUAUAUAUAUUACUGGACAUAUCAAAGAGUUAAGGUUAUGCCUUACCUUUAACCCUUGCAAAAUCAGGCCAGAGCCUUCGCCUUCACUUCCUGAUACAUCUACUGCCAUAUUGCAACCAUUCAACAGUGAUUGGUCUAAAUCACGUCUUCAGAGGAAGUACUGUUGCCAAUUAUGAGUGAGCUUGUUCAAAGACCACACCCCUCCCACUGAAAGUGAGCUUGGGAGAAUAUGUCAAUCAAAUGUUCGAGGUGGGGCCAGCGGGUACCACAUGCUUUUACUGAGACAUCUAGUUUACAACUUGAAUAAAUUGCAAUAAAGAAAAAAAUAUCUUUAAAAAAAUUAUCCAGAAAGUGUUAAGAAGAUUGUAUCAGAGCAAGAAUGGUUAUUCUGACAAAUAAAUGACUGAGAAGUGUUCUAUGUCUCAAUGGAAGUCUAUGGGACUUUGGCCUCCGUGCAACCAGCGGGUACUUCCUGUUUGGACCACAUUGUUUCUACUGUCAAUGGUUGAGAGUUAUUUUUUGAAGUUGUAAACCAGAUUCAUGCAAGCACUUCCAUUGGAAAAGAAAAAGAGGAGCAGUGUGCAGAGAGCAGGACGGGGGUGGGGGGAAGGACGGUUGGGCGACGCGUGCAGAUAACUGCGUGCAUGUGGAGAUGCGGACGGUUAUGGCAAGCCAAAGCGGUCAAUAAUCGCCAGUAAUAGCGCCGUAAAAAACUGGUAUUGGCCAUGAAAAAUUCCGCUUUUAACGCAAGUUUUAAAAGUAGCACUUAAAUUACGGUAUCUUGCGUUGUCCCAAACGGGCCUAAAAAGCAGUGUUUUAUCGCUUAUAAACCACCUAUCAAAAGCACAGUUCUUGGGCGUUCAAAACCGCUUGUCGAAAGCAGCGCUUUGUUGCGUCACAAACGUACGUCGUCCACAGAUGCAAAAUGUUUAGGGACCACUGCUUUACAGUCUCCACUUGUUUACUCGGAGAGAUGUGGGGGGAAACCAACUCGGACAAAAGAAAAUGUAUCGCCAAUAUAUCACCUGGUUAAGCUAAAUCCAUGGGAUUGCCUCGUUGGCUUUGUGUGCAUCAAACAUCCUGACAUUCUAUGACUAUGACCUUCGGAGAUGCUGUGUAUAAAGAACAGACAAUUGAGGGUUUGGAUAGUAGUGGUAGGUUUGAAAGAAAAGUCAUUCCAUAUCCUUGUAGUUUGAAAUAAAACACAUCAAUGACUACCAUGUAGACAUAUCUUUAUGAUCACAAUAUCAUACUUUACAGAGUAUAAGUCGCAAGAGCAAAAAUCAAGAAGAGGAAAACCAUAAAUAAGUUGGACUUUUAGGAGUCUGACAUUUCAGAAUAAAUACGCCCAAAGUUUAAGAGGAAAACAAUCAGAUUCUCUUCCAUGUUUGUUUUGGACGACACUUCUUCUGCCACUGUCAAUAGCAAAUACUUCAGAUGCAGAGAUCUCUAGUGGUUGUUAGAGGAAACAUUUGCUAAAGGACAACUGAUGUUUACAGGGAAAAUAACAAAUAUAUGCGCUUAUGUAUGCAUUAAAAACAGAAAUAAGUCACUCCUGAGUAUAAGUCACACCCUGGCUAAACUAUAAAAAAAACUGUGACUUAUACUCUAGAAAGUACGGUAAAUGUUCUUGUCAGAUUACUUUCAAUUAUCAGAUUUUUGUGUGCCUGGAUACGUGGAUACAUAAAUGAAAUGGGGUCCUGUAUGACAGAAUGAACCCAUACGUUGUGUGGAGUUUAUAAUAAACAUUGUCCUUCCUGUCUACUAGUAGGACUUCAUUAUUUAUCAUUUCUAUUUAAACUAAUUGAAAUGUGGUAACCGUCAGUGUGUCUGACCACCCGAUGUUGUGCGAGCACACCACGCUGCCUGAAGGUGGCAGUAUUGUACUCACAGGUAUGCACGAAACAGCCGAUUGAGAAAACUCAACGCAGUGGAUAAACUCUAAUUGGAGACACUGCCAACAACUGCUGUAGAAGGCAGAUGAAUAGGAAUUGUUUUCAAGAAGCUGGAAGUUUAGUUCCCUCAAGUGGAUCUACUGUGUAACUACAAGCAGAUUUCUCUUGGAGACUGUUUUAUCGACACGAUUUAUUUCAAAAUAAAAUGACUGAUUCUGACACAAGAUUAAUCUGUAUGUCUGUAUGUAUGAUAAUAAAAAAAAAAUGUUUAACCCCGUCCCAAACCCCCCUCAAACAAACAGAAAGACGAUGUCCUCAUUGUGUGUCAGUGGUUCUGCUUCAGAGAAUGUAACUCUGCUCUAGCUUGUUUUUAACCAGACUUUGCUGUAAAACCUCAAAGUAAGUGUAAAAACAUCUACUUUCUAAUAAACUCAGAACCUAAUGCCAA